AUGCCUCAUUUGCGAUGUCAAGAACCACCGAGUCCUGCCGAUUCUCCGGGUAUAAUAUAUCCAACUUCGUUCGCUCUAUCCGAUCAAAUCGAAACAUUGCCGAUUCUUUACCGAAAAUAUGGCAGAAUCGGUAGGAAUUGGUGGAAAUCUCAGGUUUUUGGAGUUUUUGAGCCAAUUCCUAC